CGUUAAGCAAACCCGUUAAGGCUGGACCCAUUAAGCAAACCCGUUAAGGCUUCUUGCAAUCUGCCUUUUCUCCAGCACUUCCUCCUUCUUCCUCCACUCGAAUCAUCAUAUAUGGCUUUCCUCGAAACAACUCCACGUCCAUGGUCCCAAAGUAGCUCUCCAAAUACGUUGCAAGCUUCUCCUUCAACGUUCUUGCCUUUGCACGUGUGACUGGCCCAUUGAUGUCCUCAUCAUUGUCUUCAGACCUGUGCAAACUUCAAGUCCUUGUGAGUGGCUUUCGUUUGAGGGGGCGUGUUAGUGUUGUGGUAUAUGAUCCACGAUUGAACCUCUCCCAACAACUCGAGUUAUUGGGAGCAACGGGUUCUUGACAUGGUAUCUGAGCCUCGAACCAAAAGGUCAUGUGUUCGAAUCUCCACGACCCCCAAUAUUAACCGUUGUCUAUCAAGCACAUGGUAUGGUGGGUCUGUGAAAACUUCAAGCCCAUGGGUUGGCUUUCGUUUGAGGGGGCGUGUUAGAAUGUGGUAUAAGAUCCAGCAGAACCUUCUCCCAACAACUCGAGUUAUUGGGACCAACUGGAUAUGACGAUUCUGAACCGAUUUGGAUGGUGCCCCAUGGAUGGCCGUCUUCAACAACUAAUCCUUGUCGACGGGAAGUCGUGGCAGCUAAUUCUAGAGGUCGUGGUGGAUCCGAGAGCUUCCCUGAUGAGAUUGGUAGUGAUGAUGAGCAGAUUAUGUUGACGGACAACAGUAGUAACAGUAGUUCUACUGAUGAUGGAAGACAUUGGUCGCACGACAUUCCAGUCGAGCUUCUUUCUGAUGUACAAUCUCGUUUGUUUGGAGCGGAUCGUCGCAUUUUUCGCCUCGCUUGCAGGACAUGGAACUCUGUAUUCUCCGGCUCGAUCUAUGCAUCGUCGAAUGUUUCAUUCGUGAAGGCGACAGACUCAUUUCCAAUCCUCAUACAUAUAGGGAAAGAUGUAGAGCUAGCCAAUCUGUUCAAACAGAUAAGCAAUGUUCGAGCCUGCAGGCGCUGUCAUUCAGUGCUGCAAGCACGGAUGGUUGCUCAUGUCGCGAGGAGGUCGGGCUGGUAAGCUAUUCUUUUUCAAUCCUUUUUACCAAAGAAAGGAUCGAUCUUCCUAGCAUGUUAUACGAGUUUGAAGGGAUCGCCUUUUCGUCUCCUCCAACAUCCUUCGACUGUGUGUUUGUGGGCUACACAGUUUCGCAGCAGUAUGUGACCAUAGCCUGCAUUCAUCAAGGGGAACAUGAGUGGACUCGACGUGAAUUAAUGAGCGAUGGUUUGGUAUUCAAGAGCUCUUUCAGCACACCAGUUUACCACGAAGCACUGGCGGAUCCAGAGAGUGGUCACCCCAGGCCCCGGCCCAGCCCUCCUCUGGAUUCGUAGUUACUAUAGUCCUUAUGAAAUUUUUUAUUUUAGACAUUCAAUCCGGUGUUAUUCUAUGAUAAGAUUGGGUUUAACCAGAAAAAUUAUCAAGUUGAACAUAUUCAAAUCACUAUUCUAAAUUUAGCCUAGAAAUUUUAGCCCCAAAGAUUAUGUGUCUUAAAAAACAAUGAAACCUAAAAUUCUAAAAAGUUAAAAACGUAAAAGACUAAAAGAAAUAUGAGGUUUUUUCCCUUACAAAUUUCCUAAAGCAGCUGGUGUGCAGGGAUGGACACACAAUGUAAAUUGAUUAGUCGAUUGAUUUAUCUAGUGUUGAUGCUGCUCGUUUCAACAGCUACUACGAAGAGAACCUUUUUAACAAUGAAACAUGUGAGAACCGAUUUGCUCAACAAAAUGAGCGAUGAAUUUCUCGCCGAUUGCUCAAGUAUUUUAUUUGAAACAGUGUUUACUAUUGGUAUGGAUGUAGACUUCAUUAUUGAUGCAUCCCCUAAAUUAAAAUACAGUUGUGUACAAUUUACAUUGCAAAAAACUAUAAUCAUUAUAUUUUUUUACGGUUCUAAUUUUCUAAUGAAAUGCAGCCCAGUACUCUUCUGUAUUCUGGAUCCGCCGCUACCACGAAGCGAGACUAUACAUUUUGGGGAAGGAUGGACGUCUUUGCAUUCAUAACUUUAAACAACGUAGAACCAAAUUUACAAAUUCUGUUGCUAGACCUCCAACACUGAUACGAAGAAGCUAUUUGUUUGAGCACAACAGGAAGCUUCUGUCCGUGCUUAUAGAUCACAUGGGGAAACAUGUGAAAUUAUACAAGCUCAAUCGAGAAUCCUUCGUGAUCUUGGAAAUGCUCUUGGAAAGGAUCAAAUUCGAUUUCUAUCGUAGUUAGGUUUCCAAAACGAUCGAAUCCGAUCUUUAGUUCGAUUUUUAGUUCCUGAUCGUUCGUUUAACUGAGAGACACUGCUGCUUCCUCUCCAGAUGGCGGAACCGCAGAUGGAAGCUAGCGGCAAGGAGGAGAAGUCAAUUCCAGGUAAAAGCUUCUGUCGGCGAUUUAAUCCGUUAAUGGCGAAACUUGUAUUGUUGGCUGUUUCUUUGCUGCUAGUCUCUUAAGAUUCGAUUAGAGAAAUAUUAGAUAUAUCGCACUUUUUUCAUGAAGCUCUUAGCAAGAACCAACGGAUUAAGCUUUUUGAACAUUUGAUUUUAGACAACAAAGUGAACUACUGUCACACUCUUUGAGCUGUUGCUCGAGUCACUUUAUUUUUGUUUUUUGAUAAGAAGAAUGGAUGCAUGUGACAUUGUGUUCAAGCUAAUGGGUUAAAGCCACAUGGUUAGUAAGAUACGGUACAAAUACGUAUAAAAUGUACGGGUAUUUAGACCUCAUAUUUCAACUAAUGAUACAUUUAGUAGUAUGUCAAUAGUCAUAAUAUACAUGACAUUAAGUAUUUUAAAAUAAAUAAAUAUAUUAAUAAUGUUGUAAUUCCAAACUUAAUUCAUUAAAUACAUAUAUUAUACGGGAUUUAUACGUUUUUAGUAAAGAAGCCUUCAAACGAAAUGAUUCGAAAUUGUACGUAAAUGAAAAUUUUAAACGCAU